AUGCCUCGCAACCGUUCCGCCGCUCGUCCCGCUCCGGCUCGUCCCACCGUCCCCAGCAGAGCGCCUGCUCCCUCUUCUCAACAGUCGCGGCCAGCAGCGACUUAUGCCCCGGCGCAAUCUGCGCACCCGCAUCCCCCUGCGCAGACUGCUCCCCAGGGCUCUCAGGGACCCGGUUUGUUCGGCCAGAUGGCCAGUACUGCUGCCGGUGUCGCAGUAGGUUCCUCCAUCGGCCACGCGAUCGGCGGGCUCUUCGGCGGCGGUGGCUCCGCACCCGCCGAGGCCUCUCCCCAAGCCGCCAGCGCGCAGCAGCAGCAGAGCCAGUGGGGCAACAACUGCCAGGGCGCCACGCAGUCUUUCACCAAGUGUAUGGACGAGCAGGGCGGUAACAUGCAGAUCUGCGGUUGGUAUCUCGAGCAGCUAAAAGCGUGCCAGGCUGCCGCUAGCCAGUACUAA